AUGCUCAAAUGUUACUGCCGUCAAAUAUGUGGACGAAAAAAUUUUGGUUUAGCAAGCCUUUUUUUCGUUGUUUUUUUUACUACUGUUUUCUAUCCAGAUUUUUUAUCAACUCUAACAAAUCGAUAUACUGCAACAAGAAGUAUUAACUAUUAUGUUCCGGUAACGAUAAAAUCUCUCAAUUCUCAAGACGCUAGUCCAUUACGUACUUCAGAAAUUAAACUAGUGAAUCCCUCAGAAAAAAAACAAAGUUAUUUUUAUAAAAAUUUUACUCAAUGGAAUCGAUCAUUAUGUAGUAUUCAAUCAGAUCGUCGUGGACCCAAUCAAAAAGUUAUUGGUAUUUCAAUUUAUGGAUCAUCAUCAAACUAUACUGAUAAUGCAAUGUAUGCAUGGGAAUCAUCUAUAGUUUCAUUUUUAAUACCACUUGCUAAUGAAGUUAAAACACUUCUUCCAUCAUGGAUUAUUCGUCUCUAUAUUGAUUUUACUGGUAGUACAAAAUCUCAACAAUAA